AUGGGAAAAGUUUUACGACGGCUAGGAAAAGUUGGUGGUGGUCAGAAAAUGUUGGCGGUGGCUGCUGGAGGGCCGACGGUGGCGGUGGCGGUGGCAUUGGCGACGGGGUCGGGAGGUCCUAGCGGCGGGCACAAUUGGGCUGCGCGGGAGCUGGGCGGUGCCUGUGGACUGCGCGGGUGCUGUAGCUGGGCGGCGCGUAGAGCUAGGUUGUGUGCAGUGGCAGGCGGUGGCGGUUGGCAGCCUGCGGGUACCGGUGGCAAUGGACUGCGGGUCUCCUUCAAGCUGCGGGCGGUGGCUGCUAGGGCCGGAGCUUUCGGUGCCCUAUGGUCACGGGGCUGUCGGAGCCGGGGCUUCCGGUGGCCGCCGAACCCUGUGUGGGUUCGACAAGCCUGGAUGAAAGGUACGAGGCAAGAGGGAGGUGCAACAAGGGCAGGGCCGGGCGGAGGUGGUCUGUGGGCGGUGCUCUGGUGGUGGGCGGGUGGUGCUAUGGUGGCCGAGUGGUGCUGCUAUUGUUUCCGGCGGAGGAGCCAUGGCGGCCAGCAAGCACGAGCAGUGCAGGGAGGUCGCGGGUGGAGCAAUGGUAGUGGGCGACGUAGGGUAGAGGCGAGCGACGUAGGGAGGCUGCGGGAGGAGUGGCAGCAGCGAGCGACACAGGGCAUAAGUGGCACUAGCGGGGCACCGAUAGGGGCCAUGGGUCGACGGCGGUCGGGGGUUAGCGGGAGCCGAGAAGGCAGGGCUGGUGGGGGCUGGGGGCCGGUGGGGGCUGGAGGCAGGGCGCCAGCGGUGUCAAACCCACGACAGGCCAGGGGGCCCCACGAUGAGAGUGCAUGGGAGAAUGGAAAUUUUGAAAUCCUUGAAAUGACCAAAGUUGGUGCAUUUAAAGUUGAUGGUUGA